UUUUACACAUGUAAACACUUUUAGGUAGUGGAGUAAGUAAUCACCAAUCACCACAAAUAUAAAAAAUAGUUUUAUGUAAUAGACGAAUCCAUAAGGUAUAUCCAUAGGUUAAUAAACUAUUUGGACAGAGUAAAUAACUGUAGUAUUUCUACACCUCUUUGGGGUUCUAUAGUUUUUCUUACAAGUCUGUAAUACAAACUUUAGUGUGCAUUUAGUAGUGAUGGGAUUGUAAUUCCUAGAACAAUGGUUGCGUUUUUUGUACUUCUGAUAUGAGCGAUUCUAUUCUGACAGCACACUGAAUCGGUGUAAUGGGCAGUGUUGUGCAAUGCAUUGCCAUUAUAGAUUCUGUCCACUGUCGGUGCGAUGAGAUGAGGGUAACUUAAAGGCGUUAUAAUCACAAAAGCAGACCAGUAAUAUCGGCGCAGCACACUGAAUAAGAACGAAAUGAAAGAAACAGCAGUCAAUAUUCAUUAAACCAGAAGGGUUCACGUUUGGCAAAAAUAAAAUCAUAUAUUAUUGAAGGUUAGAAUGACAACUUCAAGUUUUUAGAAAGCAAAACCGAUAUUUUCACUUUUGACAGUGAUAAUAAAAACAGUAAAUAACAAGCCCAUGCUUAAUUCUUUCGCAGUAACUUUGGUGACAUCUACUCUACUAUAUAACAAAAUCAACAAAGCUUGCAGACAGGUUCCCUCUCUGACAUGCUGAUUGAAACAACUUGAGCUAAAUGGAGGCUGUGUGGUCCAGUGGUUAAAGAAAGGGGCUUGUAAUCAGGAGGUCCCCGGUUCAAAUCCCACCUCAGCCACUGACUCAUUGUGUGACCCUGAGCAAGUCACUUAACCUCCUUGUGCUCUGUCUUUCAGGUGAGACAUAAUUGUAAGUGACUCUGCAGCUGAUACAUAGUUCACACACCCUAGUCUCUGUAAGUCGCCUUGGAUAAAGGUGUCUGCUAAAUAAACAAAUAAUAAAUGAUGGUUAUACCUUCUUUAAAAUAAUUUCAUUUGAAGUAUUUGUUUGUGACAAAAGCAUUGGCGCCCCUGCUUUGGUAUUUUCUGCGACCUCUUGUGUUAAUUACAGCUGUCAGACAUUUUAUGAUAAUUCAGCCAAUAUGUUACGUCUUGCUGGUGAAAUCUGGGCCCAUUCUGUCGUGCAUGUUUCCACCAGUUCAGACAGAUUGGAUACACAAUGCUUGGUUACAGCUUUUUUCAGAUCAGUCCAAAGCGUUUCUAUUGGAUUGAGAACUGGUGAUUGCGAAGGCCAUUUCUAGAACUUGUAUUUUGUUUUCUUCAAGAAUUGCACAGUUGACAACCAUAUGCUUUGGGUCCUUGCUGUGUUGGAAGUUAAACUGUCUGCCAAUCAGCCUAAGAGCAGAUGGUAUCAUUGUACUUUUAAUUGAGGAAAUGUACCAUUGGGAAGCCUUUGGCUAUAUAACUUUUGAAAUGUUACACCAAGUCUUCAGCCUACAUUACAGUGCAGGAGGGUGUGUUUAAAACUGUAACACACGUAAUGUGGAAUAGGCCAUGUGUUCCUGCUGUGGAGAAUGCUAAUGGUUAGAUGGCAAUUGUUUUCUUCCAGGUAGUAUUCCAUAAUCAAGAUUAAGCAAAAUAUUUCAGUAUUAUCUAGUAAAGUUUUUUAAUCACAAGUACAUUAAGUUAUUUUUUUAAUUUGUUAUGUCUAAAAUCUUACAUCACUUAUGAUAAGUGAGUGACUUUUUGCCAACAUGUGUAUAACCUGUGUAUUUUCAAUAAUAUUUUUCAAGAAAUGUUUUUUUAUAUUAUUCUAACAUAUUUUCCCAUUUGUUUUGUAGUGUUUGCUGAGGUGUGUCUGACUCCAGUGAUAUGGUAAUGUUUAGCAAAUGGCUAGCAAUGGAAGCUCACCCGACAACCUGCAGUGAUUUGCCAAUGAGUGGCGAAGGCAUUGAUAUAGGGGUACCUUCCCCCAAAAAGGCGGGGUAUUUGGGAAAAGUCAGUUGAACUCAAUAUCUCUGUCACUUGUGCAAAGCUACUUAAAGAAAAAAAAAAAGAAAGAAAAGUACAUUGAAGUUUUGCUUUUCAAUUUCUUUUCAUAAGACACACAGAAAUCUAAAUAUGUAAAAGGCGAAAGAUUGUUCUGAAAGAUGUUUGUGCAAUCCACAAAUUGCUUACACAAAAGCUUACGUGUGUGGUAAUGAAAACGAAGGCAAGUUUAAAUGUAGUGCAAGGAUAUAAAAUGGUAAGAACUGGCUAUUUUGAUUGGGCACCCAAAUUAAUCAGAUUGAAAAAUGAGCUUUUAGCUGCCAACCUUUUGAAUUUGCUUUGAACUGGUUAAUAAAUCACCCUAUAGCUGCUUGGACAGCUCCCAAGUUGUAACCAGUUAAUUACCAGACUCCAAUGAGAUGUAUUACUGUUAAGUGUGAACAGAGCUGAUUUAGUAGAGCCUGAUGUGCUCAAAUUAUGUUACCUGGUUGUUAAUCUCAGACCACGAUGAAGACAAUUUAACAUGUUUCUCAACGGCUCUUAUAAAAAGGUAUAAAAUCGUAGAACUCUUCCCUGCAGAUCUAAAGUGAACGGUAUACCUGUUUAGGGUUUUAUGACUUCUGCUCCUGGCGUAACGCAUUUGCCUUCGUUUUUAUGUUGGGUUCCCCUCUGCAUUAUAAAACUUGCCUUCAUGAAACUCAAAAGAAAAAGGAUCACAUUGGUUGUGUCCCUGCUUGGGGAUGUCUUUUAUUUCUUAGUUAAUGAAAUGUACCUUUUUUUCCAGAAUCUAGAGCGAUUUCAAUUGGAAGUUGAAGAUAAGUGUCCUUUAUGUGCUACAAAGGGACGGACGCAAGCUUUGCAAGUGUACCGCAUCAAUCUUCAGGAGUCCAUUGCUCUUUGUGGAAAUCCACAGUGCAUCUUUCCCCUUGGAUGUAAACCCCUGGCUGAUGUUCUGAUAUCUGGCACCUCAAAAGGAAAGUUGUCACAGUCUAAGGCAAAGAGAAAACACAUCUGCACCAGCCCUGGGAAUACACAAAUUGACCUUCCGUCAAAGCAUCGCAGGAGAGCAGAGGAAAUCAAUACAGAGGAAAAACCAGAGUCUGUUUUUGAAACGCCAGUAAAUGGUUUAGCUUGUGAACCAAGUGCAGUUAGUUUAGGCAACAGCCAGCUUUCUGGACCUUGCUUGUCAAAAGAGAAUCUGCAUGAAGUUAAUGGGGCAGUCGAUUCACUGCAAACAAAUGAGGACGUCGCUCAGAAACACACUCUUAAUACAUACGUCCUUGGCAAGGAAGAAACCCCACCUGUUCAAGGUGAUCUAGAAGAGCUUAAUGAGAGAAAUCCAGAAGAAUGGGUUCCUGUGCCUCGCUGUCUCUACUGGAAGAACAAGCAUGCACUCUGCUGGCUAGACUGUAUCAUGGUGGCUUUGGUCCAAUCAAGAGCUGUGAAAGAAUGUGUAAUAAAUCUGAACACUGAGUCUGCAAUCAAGAGGUUAUGCACAGUGUAUGAGAAAGCGUGUACGCUUUUAACGGAGCAAGGAAAGGAAAACGAAGAUGGAGUCAUUCAAGCCCUUUCAGGAACCGUUGCUCUGGCAUACAGUUAUCUGGAUGACAUCAGGCUUUCUAUCUUCAAUGUUCUACAACCCAAGCUACGCUGUACAUUAGGAGAACAAGAAAGCCCAGUAUUUGCUCUGCCACUGUUUCUGAAGCUGGACCCUCAGACAGAAGAGCUGUUUAAGCACACAUACUGCUGGGAGUUUGAGUGUGCUGUGUGUGGAUACACCUCCCAGGACAGGUUUGAGAAGACGCUGACAACAUUUACAGAUAUUGUUCCAGAGUGGCAUCCUCAAAACGCAGUUCAUCGUUCACCCUGUAAUAAAUGUAAUCAGAAGUUACAGAGGCGGAAGAUGGUAUUGGAAAGGAUUUCUUCUGUUUUCAUGCUGCACUUUGUUGAAGGACUGCCUCAUAAUGAUGUAAAUGCCUAUUCAUUUGAUUUCCAAGGGAAGUUGUAUAAAGUGUCCACUGUAAUUCAGUACAAUGAAGACCCGAAGCACUUUGUUUCCUGGAUAUCUAACACUGAUGGUUCCUGGCUUGAAUGCGAUGAUUUAAAAGCCUGCUGUGUUCAUGAGCAGUUGGAGGUGUCUCCUUCUGAAAUACAUAUCGUUUUUUGGGAAACAAGUGGUGAAAGCAUUCACAAGGAACCCCAAACCAAGAACAACUUUUUGGAACCUGUUCUUAAAGGGCCUGAAAAGCCUGAGGAUUCCAGCGCAGAAUGUAACCCACAUGAAUUAUCACUGCCCUCCCAAGAAGCAGAGAUUGAUAUUACAGAGACCUCUUCUGUUAACACCAGCAUAAACAACAAUGUUGAAAACAGCUGUAACAGUAGCUAUCUGCAGAGCGCGUUUGAGGGUCUAACACCAGAGGAUGUCAUUACACUUACUCUUACAGAGGUUGAUCCUGGAGGAAAACUGCCGGACAGCUCCCAGAUUACAGACCCUGUAAAAUUGAGUGAACAGAACAAAUCACCAAAUGGAAACCAGGUGUUACAAGAUCAACCACAGGUAAUGGCUGCAGAUGAUACUUACUUCGAUAUCACGGACAGUCUGUUGGAUAACUGCAGUGGUAGUAGUCUUACUGAAGAAUCUGUCUGUACAACUCAGAAGGCAAACCUGCAAACUGUAACUGCACCAAGCACCCCAAAGACAGUCGUGAGACGCCCAUCUCAUUCAAUCACUAACACUGCAGGUUCUCCAAAGAGUCCUCUACCUACUCCUCUGGCUUCAACUCCAUUGUUGGUGCGUGGUAAAACCACUACAUCUAUUUCCCCAUUUAUCAAUGGAUGUGCUGUUUCCCCAGCUGUCAAUGGAAACAAAAGCAGCGGAGCACUAUGGACCAGUAGUUUAUUGAAGAAGCAUCCCUCAUUGGCACCUUUAAAUGCUUUAUUGAGUAGGCAUCCUUUAUUUCCAUCUACCGGUCAAGUGCAUUUAAACCGUAAUAAAGAUAAACGCGAGCUGCAAAAGGUUUCGGCAGUUGUCUCUGAUGUCCAGGUACCAGUAAAAGGAGCAGAUAAAUUUGGAGGCUUUAGAUCUAAAGGCCUCACGAAACCAGGGACUGACUCUGUGAAUUUGACCAGAGCACAAGAUGUCGACAAAGGGGAUUCUGUAAAGCCUGCUGCAGAAAAACUCCCAAAUGCAGAACCUGUAAACCUGCCAAUAACCAAGAACAAAGGGCACCCCUCUAUUCCUACCUCUACAGCCACUGUUGCUCCACCUUGUAAUGGUUACAAACUGGAACCCAGUAAGCCAGUGGAAAAGAAAACCCAUGCACUUGAAGGUCUUGAAAAGACAGACCAGCUUCGCUACAAGCUCCUGAAAAAGCUGAAAGCAAAAAAAGAGAAGCUGGCGUCGCUCAAUCGGUUACUGACCACUCCACAGACGCUUCCAAAUGGGAAGGCCGGGCCCUUCAGAACUGCCAGCGACUCGACUGCACGUUUUGAUAAAAGCAGCAAAAUGCAACGACUUGACAGUACAGACACUGAGUCUAUGUAUACUGCUAGCGCAAGCACUUCCUUAUGCAGCAGCCCAUGUUACGACGAAUUCUUUGCUGACCUCUUAUCUCCGGCUACAACCACUGGCACUGCGUCUCCUGAUGAUGCAGAUGCAGUGAUGUUGGAGGCACUGGCAAGUGGAAAGAACAAUGGAGGGCUUACAGACGGGACCAGCAUGGACCACAACUGUUAUAACUUCACCCCUGUGAUGCAACCUCAGGCUUAUACCCACGAGACUCCUAAACUAACUCGCUGUACUGAAGAAAGCUUCUUUAGUCCAGCAAAAGAAGAUCUUUUCACAGAACUUCUGUCAACCUCAACAUUGCAGUCUUACGGAGUUGAAAGUGAAGACCUUCAUCAUUUUGAUGAGAACUUUUUUUGAAGUGUUGACUAGGUGGGAUGUGUAUAGAUGCUUUUACAUAAUGUGGGUUUUGUUAGAAGUUAUUGUCACUAAGCACUACGCAUUCUUUAUUAGAGUGCACUACUUGAAUAACUGAGCAUUGCAAAUAUUGGUACAUAUGUUAAUAGCCAUUGUUUGUUUUUUUUGUAUAUUACAAAAUGUUUUAUAUAUGUGACAGAUGAAGAUGGUAAUUGUGUAUUAGGUUAACUUCUUUAUAAUUUGUCAUUCUGAACAUGGUUGCACGUUUUGUCUUAUUGAGUUGAUGUAAAACAAUUGCUACUGGUCGCAAUAAGGUGGUGUCUGCUAGAAUGAAGUAACCCAGUGAUCCUGUGCUGUUUUUAUACAUUUUCUUGUAUGAAUGUUUAUUUAGAAAGCGUGUGGCUCAUGUGACUUGUGAAAGACUUGUUGAAUUAAUAUACAAACUAGUACAUUCUCAAUGGUGGGAGAAUGAGUCAUCCUGCAAAAAUAAAAUUGGACUUAAUCCCUAUUUAUUUGCUUUUAUAUAUUUAUUUAUUUUGAUUUUAUUUUUUUCACAUGGAUUAUAAAUCAUUUGGGAGGGGGAGUAUAAAUAUAGUAGUUGUGUGAAACCUGCUGCAUAUUGUUACAUUAACAUACUGAGUUACGUACCGUUUUGUAGUUUUCCAUAUACUACUAUUAUGGCUUCCGGUAGACUUGCAAUAUGCUUUUGUAGUUUCUUUGAUUACAUGAUGCCUAAUAAAUGAUUCUACCAGUU